AUGGCCGCCGCGGACGCUUGGGCUCGCAAGCCGCUCGUCCGGUUUCUGUCGGUGCUUUUGCUCGUGUCUGCAGUGUCAGGCUCUGCUUCUAGCGACGGGGAAGUCCGCGAGAACGAGAGUCGCCGGGCGCUCGAGGCACAAGACCUUGCUUUGCCCUUGGAGAGCCAGCAGGUGUCCGUCGUGGCGGCGGCAGAGCUGUAUCCCUCGGCUACAGGCUACGGAGACCACAAGGGCUACGGGGGAGGAAAGGCUCACAAAGGCCACAAAGGCUACAAGGGCUCCUACCACGACGAGUCAGGCUACAAAGGUCACGAAGGAUACAAGGGAAAUAAGGGAUAUAAGGGCAGCCAUUAUGGGGAUAAGGGUAAAGCCGUGGCAAAGGGUUACAAAGGCAGCGACGGCAAGAAAUACAAAGGUCAUGACGACAAGCACAAGUAUUAUGGCAACGCUGAAAGUGGCAAGAAGGGCAAGAAAGGUCAUCAUUACGGCUCCAAAGGUCACAAAAACAAGGGUCAUAAGGACAAGGGACACAAGAACGUCUACCACAAGGAAGAGUACCACGUGAGCAAGAAAUUCUACGACGACGACGACAUCAAGAAGUACCACAGCAAAUACGACGACUUCGACGCCUACUUCAAGGCACACAAGGGCAAGGACUACAAGGGAGGCCAGUACAAGGGAGGUUUCCAUCACGACAAGCAUGGCCACAAGGGAGAGUACAAGAAGGGCAAGUACCACGAUGACCACAAGGGCCACAAGGGCCACUACGGCGACAAAGGCCACUACGGACACAAGAGUUCCUACGGCAAGAAGGGAGGAAACAAGGGGUCGUAUGGCCAUGACGACCACAAGGGAUACGGCCACGACGACCACAAAGGAUAUGGCCACGACGACCACAAAGGAUAUGGCCAUGACGACCACAAAGGAUAUGGCCAUGACGACCACAAGGGAUAUGGCCACGACGACCAUAAGGGAUAUGGCCACGACGACCAUAAGGGAUAUGGCCACGACGACCAUAAGGGAUAUGGCCACGACGACCAUAAGGGAUAUGGCCACGACGACCAUAAGGGAUAUGGCCAUGGUGGAGGAUAUGGCCACGAUGACCACAAGGGAUAUGGUCACGACGACCAUAAGGGAUAUGGCCACGAUGAUCAUGGCCAUGGCGGAGGGUAUGGCCACGGAGGUGGGCAUGGUGGUUAUGGCCAUGAUGAUCACAAAGGAUAUGGCCACGACGACCACGGACAUGGAGGAGGAUAUGGUCAUGGUGGGCAUGGCGGCUAUGGCCACGAUGAUCAUGGCCAUGGUGGAGGAUAUGGCCAUGACGAUCACAAAGGGUAUGGUCACGAUGACCAUGGCCACGGCGGAGGAUAUGGUCAUGGUGGACAUGGCGGUUAUGGCCAUGACGAUCACAAAGGAUAUGGCCACGACCAUGGGGGAUAUGGCCAUGGAGGUGGACACGGCCACGGAGGUUAUGGCUCUCACAGUAAACUCCGACCCGUAGCAGCGCCGGCACCAGGAUCUUCUACUGCGUCUACAUCCUACGUCGGAAAGCCAGCGACGUCAUCUCACAAGGGACGUCAGUACUCGUCGUUUGAGACUUAUGGUGACUUCGAUUCCUUCUCUCACAAGUCUGGCUAG